CGAAGAAGAAGAAGAAGUCGCUUGCUGGUGAUGUGUUUUCCCCGCGACACUCAACUUUUAGAGAGGAGCUUAAAGCGUUUUUAGGAAUAAAGCAGCUUUGUUUGCAGCUUUAUUGGUGUAAAAUGCUCAAGAGGAAAUCAAGCGGCUCCGAAAAGAAAAGGAAACACUCGCAGUCUGAAGAACGACACGAAAGCAGCAAACGAAGAGGUGCAGAAUCCAACUUAGAGGAGUCCAAGGAUGAACUGGCCGACCCUGAGCUGGACAGGAUUGGCAGCGACAUAGAGGAAGGAGGACUGGAUCUCAGCCUGCCCUUCCAGCCCAUCACAGCGUAUGUCAGUGACAAGUCAGAGAUGCUGCAGCAGUGUUUCCAUGUGUUGGGGGAGAAGAAGCUGAGGAAGAUGCUGCCUGAUGAACUCAAGGACUGUAGUUUAGAGGAAAUCAAAACUCUCUGCUGGGAGCAACUGGAGACGAUCUCGGAGAAAAAUCUCAUUCAGAUCUUAGCAGGGGAAGAGCUGACAAAUGGAAAUGGGAACGAAAACUCUGAGGAGACGUCGGAGAGCCAGCAAGACAGUAAUGUAGACUCUACAUCGUGCCUCAAGGAAACCGCAAAAACCGAGGACCCAAAGCAAGAAGGUGGAGGCUCAGGAGAGGAAAGCGACGUCCUGAGCAUCAACGCAGACACUUACGACAGUGACAUAGAAGGACCCAAAGAAGAGCAAAAUGUUAAAUCUGUGGACAUGGCAGUGAAAGCAGGAGACACUGGAGGGCAAAGCUCUGACCCAAACACAAACCCUGCAAAUCCAGAGCCUAAGAAAGACAUUCAAAGUGACAUUGACAAGAGCGUUAGUGAGAUUUUGGCCUUUUCUUCAAGCAAGGAUGCCGCUAAAGAACAGCCGCUACAGCCUGCAGACGUGAACUCACCUGCUCAGGCCGUUUCCAGCGCCACUGCUGCAGUUUGUCAGCCGUCGAUUCAGCAACUGGAGCUGCUGGAGCUGGAAAUGAGGGCGAGGGCCAUAAAGGCUCUGAUGAAAGCGAGUGACGGAAAGAAAAAAGUGGUGUAACUAAAAAUCUUUAGCAUGUUUUAGUAUAAAAUGAAGAACUGUUACUUGUGGUUGAAUUAUGUGACUCAACAGCUGAUUUGUUGUUGAGGGGGGAAUGUUUUUUUUGCUCCAUAUUGGAUUUAAUUUUUAUGUGAAAUUAAACCUGUAAGCUGGUUGUGCACCUCCAUGCAUUUCCCUCUUUGCUCACUAGGUGGCAGUGUUACUCUGUCUAAUAUGCCCGGGAGCAAGCAGUAGAUUUAUUAGCCACAUUAUGGUCAGAAAAGUCAGGUUCUCUUAACAGUGGUGUCACUUCAUAAUGUAGUUCUCCUUGAGUCAUUGUUGGAGGAUGUUAGACAUUCAGAAAGAUGUGUUUUAUUGGAUGUAGACCGAGAUUUGCGAGCCAAAGCAGGUGGUCGCCGUGCUGUAUUGUCAUGUAGACGCUUGAAGUUUUUCUGUGCCGAACACCUGUUUGACUUGUCAUCUCUACAUCUGGUUCACUUCGGUUUGUAGCACCUCUUUAAAACCAUAAAUUACAGAUGAGAUCCGCGGAAUUUGCCAGUUUAAGUCACAUUCUGCUUUCUGCGAGAAUUAAUAGCAUCCUUUCAUCUAAUAUCUGUGUUUUUUCACUGUAAUUUAUUCUAAAGCUGCUUUGUUCCAGCAUAAACUGUGCGGUUGCAAUUACAUGCAGAUGCAGAGCAGAAAACAGCUCUUCUACCCAACUACCCCAAAGGAGACAAUGAAAUGUGUGAUAAGAAGCCAGUUGCCUCCUGGGUAUUUGCAUUUAAAAGGGUUAUUUCAUGGUGGAGGUGAGGGUGGGGAGGGUUAGACGUGUCGCUCUCUCCUGCAUUUAUGUGCAGGUAACAGCGCUGAUGAGAUGAAGAGAAAAAUGUCCACUUUGAUAUCCAAAAAAAAAAGGGAUACAAAGAUUCUAAAGUGCUUGUGUUGUCAAUGAUUGGUGAGUAUUUAUCACUGUCAUUUCACUGCUAUUAGAAUGCCAAUUAUGAUUUGGGAUGUGCGAAUAAAUGGCUUUUUAAGCAGACCUCGAAAUGAGUAGGCUGGAAAAUGGAUUGAUGGAGGUGAGAUGAUACUGUUUUUGUGGAAGGAGGUACUUUUUUCAAAUUCAAAUGAACCCGACGAACCACGUUAAAACAUGCAGGUAUGAUGCCUCCGUGAAUGGUGCUAUUAUCAAAGUCAAAAACAAGGUCGCGCUAAAUGUUGUCGCGCCCAUCGGUUCAUCUGUUUAAUAGCUGCGCCUGUCAUUUUCUUAAGUGUUUUGACCAAGCCUCUGGUUAGCGAUGCUCAUUAGAGAGUUAAAAACACCAUUGUCCCUCAGAACUCAAAUUAUUUUUAGCGCAGUUUAUCCUCUUAACUUUGCAACUUUUACUACGAAGCAAUGCUGCAAGAGAUUCUGGGCUCUCUGCUUGGAAGAAACAGUGAAGACAAUGUAAUCCCUGUCAUGAAUUGGAUGUUCAUUGUAUGCUGAAUACUCUGCAGUAGCAAGUUGUAUGCAGGCAUUUAAAGGCUUGGUGUGCUUUCAGUUUUCAACUGUACUGAAAAACCUUUCACUCUAAAGUGAUUGUACCAUUGUUGUCUAUUUUUGUGCCCCGCAUUUAGGGAGUUCAGGCAUGUUGCAGUAGCCAAAACAUGCAGAAGCAAAAUGCUCCAGACUUGCUAUAAAUACAAAAAAAAGCAUCAAUUUAAAGUGCUCUGAAUGUGAUAUGAAUGAAAUAUCAAUCCACAAUAGAAAUGUUCUGCUUUGAUGAGGGAAGUUGAGCAACUCCAGAAAGAGGAAUGUCAGUUUUGCUCCAUCUUUGAGUCCUCUUUGGUUCCUGAAUGGAUUGCGGUUAAAAUGUAUACACACAUCCACAGUCCUGAGAGUAUGAAUAAUUUGGUCCUCUUGGUUUUCAUCUGUCAUGUUGAGAAACUAGGGGCUGCACAGUGGUCUAGUGGUUAGCACUUUUGCCUUGCAGCAAGAAGAUCCCAGUUCAAAUCCCAACCUGGGAUCUUCUGCAUGGAGUCUGCAUGUUCUUCCUGUGCAUGAGUGGGUUUUCUCCGGGCACUCCGGCUUCCUCCCACAGUCCAAAAACAUGCUGAGGUUAACUGGUUACUCUAAAUUGCCCAUAGAUGUGAAUGUGAGCGUGAUUGUUUGUCUGUAUAUGUAGCCCUGUGACAGACUGGUGACCUGUCCAGGGUGUCCACUGCCUUCGCCCGAGUCAGCUGGGAUAGACUCCAGCACCCUGCAACCCUAGUGAGGAUAAAGCGGUGUAUAGAGGAUGGAUGGAUGGAUGGAUGUUGAGAAACUCAGCAGCCACAGAAGUUCUUUGAUGCUUUAAGGAAUUUUUUUUUAAAAAAAGGAUAAUUUAGGUGCAAAAAUACUUGACUGAGAAUUUUUUUUUUCCUGCUUUCAUAAUUUUACUUAGAGGUGUUGGAUGCAAUUUUAAUGGAAUUGUCAACUGUAGUGUCUCUGUGUGGUCUCGUAUGGUGAAAAUGGCAAGUUGAAUGUGUUUUGUCGUUGGAUGUGUCAACUAAAAUCUGUAAAGAUUCUUUAAACCCCCCAAUAACUAGAUAGACUCUCAACUUUACAAGCCAGUAAGACUUUUACCGAAUGCUGCAUAUCAGCUGAAGAAGAACCAAUAAUCGUCAAGCUAAAAUUGAGCAACAUCCUGGCUCUCACUGCUUUCAAGUGAGCAAUUCAGAAUGAGCAGCUACCUCACAGUCCACCAGGGUUAUUUGCAAUCUAGGGCUGCUUCUGCUAGCUAGGAGAUGUCUCCACCAUGAACAAAGUUCACCAAAUGUUUAGCAAGAGUGAACACAAAAGUCUUGAUGCACUCACAGCAUCUGAUGAACUGAACACAAGGUGGAUGACUGUUACCAUUGAAGAUGUCACUACAACAAUCAGAAAAUCCUUUGUGUUACUGCUUGAUUGAGACUUUAAGAGCAAUUUAAACCAGUAAACAAGGAAUCAACGUAUUAGUGUUAUAGUGCUGUGUUGUAGUUAAACCUAAUCUCAGCUGCUGUUUGCAUCUGUUUACUUCUCUCCUGCUCUCUGUGCUCGCAUGAACUGCAUUUUAUUACAGCAGAAUUAUCUGUAAAGCUGUUUGCAUUUCUGUAUUUUUCUAUUUCUGUUGUCAGACGACAAAAUGAGCAUUAAAUAUUGAAUGAACCAGAGUGAACCAGCAGUCACUUCAGAGCCAGUUUGUCAGACAAUUGCAACGUCGUCUGAUAAACUCAACAAACACGAGUCAAAAACCACCUCUGAGCUGUGAUUUUGGCAAUAUUUCAAAGUAAAAUGAUCUUGCAGUGAGAGAGUUAAAAGCAGAAGGUGGUCCUGGUCUCGAAUUUGCAUAUUCACAUCUGUUUGGCUGUACUGUUUUGAUGCAGAGAGAGUCUUCUUCCUGAAUGGUUUGUAGACAGCAGCAGAUUAGCUACAUUUAAAGCUAGAGGAUAUUCAGAACUUAAAACAAGAGAUGUACAUUUGUGAUAAUAUCAGCCAUCUUUGAAGUGUGUUGAGCUGUAAAGUCUAAGAUUCAUUGUGGGAAUAUGUGAGACUUUGAUUAAUUUGCUCAUUCAGGCAUAAUAUGGGACCAUUAAUGUUGUGGCUGGUUGAUCUAGAGCAAAUGCUAACUACUUAUUAUGAUUUUUAAUAGUUUAAUUAGUAGUACUUCAUAUUCUAUAGUGGUAUAAUUUGUAAACUCCCUGCAUGGCAAUGAUUCCAUCCAAACAGGUGUUUUCUCUACAUGGACAUCUACUCCAGCAUGGAGCAAUAAUUCACCUUGAAAUGUGAGUGCAAAGUAGCAUAAUAUUAAAAUACUGAGGUAAGACACUAAUUCGAGAGUGAAUGUAACAUGUCUACUGUACUUAAUGGUAACGUUUUAUAUGUUUAUAGGUUGAAUUACAGAAUGGUGCUCAUCUUUUCUACUGAAUUUGUGGUACGAUUCAGUUGAAAAGCUGUUUUGGGGAUUUUCAUUAAUCCAACAAUUUUGUUUCCUUGUGUGCAGGGGGCAUUACUCGGUGGGAAACAUUCACUCUGCUGUUUGCGAAGUCUAAAAACAGGUCUAUCACAUCCCUCAAUUAUGUUUCCUUUGGUGCACAUCUCUGCUGUUUGUGGCUGGAUAUUUACAGUUGCUUACUUGAGGUUUCGUUCUUCUAUGUUUUGCUGUUUGUAGCAUCCGUGGAUUACUGAACUCUGAUUUUAUUGUGCUCUCUGUAUGGCUCUUCCUUAUUAUUGUCUGGAAUUGUUUGGAAUUUUACAGUAGAAGGACAAAUUUAUUGUGGUAUAACUUAGAUGCUACUAUGGCACCACAGAAAACAAAACAGGAAGGGCCGGGAAGGUUUGAAAAAAUGCUAAUGUCAUUUUCUUUAGGAACGCGUCCUGUUUGCAUUAAUAAAAUAAUUCUCUUCAAAUUUC